UAGAGUGCACUCAAUACCCAUUUAUUUAAAGUAGGUUCAUUAUCUCCUGAGAUAACACUAGCUAUAACUGCGCCAUUAAAUCAAGACAUCCAUUUCGACCAUAGAAAACAUUCAUGCAACAUGAUCACAUUCAUCCUUGCGCUUAUAAUAACAAUUUUAUGUUUAAUUUUUAUCAUUGGAAGAUACAAUGAAUUCUACUGGAAAAGGAGAAAUGUCGCAUUUUACAAGAAGCAUAAAGUCAUGGGAGUGUUUUGGGAUUUUUUAACGAAGGACAAAGCGAUUUUCGAAAACUUAUGGGAAGUUUACAAGGAGUAUCCCAAUGAACCCGCUAUUGGCCUCGGAUCUAUUUUAACACCUACUUUGUACGUGACUCAUCCAAAGAACGUUCAACAUGUGCUGAUAGCGGAUUUCAACUCAUUUAACCACAGAGGACUGGAUGUUAACAAGGAUGACCUACUAGCAGAUAACAUUCUUUUUAUGGAAGGUAAUCGCUGGAAGCUAAUGCGUCAACAUAGGACUCCCCUUUUCACGACAACAAAACUGAAGUCCAUGUACUACAUCAUUGAUAAGAGUGCAAUCGAUUUUGUUACGCAUUUGAAAGACAAUAGAUUGCUCCUAAAAGGUGACGCUUUCAAUACUAUAUCUUCAUUUUGCUGUGCAGCAAUAGGAGCCGCUGUAUUUGGAGUGGGCACAAAGUCUAUCUUCGAUUCACCCUUCCUUUAUAUGACGCAGAAUGCUUUCAAAUCGUCGUUCAAAUUGAAUCUUAAAUUUUCUAUUGGACAUUUGUGUAAUCCGCUAUAUAAUCUUUUGGGUUUUUCGAUGUUUAAAGGCUUCGAGGAUCUUAUCAUAAAUGCAAUCAAAAGAGUGAUACACGAGCGGGAAGCGGACUAUGUGAAGAGACACGAUUUUGCUGAUGUUUGUGUGUCUUUAAAGAACGCAGGAACUAUGGUGGAUAAGGAUUCAGAUUUAAAAUUGGAACCUACAGACGAACUAUUAGCGGCUCAAGCGUUCUUCUUUUACACAGCAGGCGUGGAACCAAUUGCUACAGUUAUAUUCAAUACGCUCGUGGAAUUGGGGAGACGACCAGAAUAUUUAAGCAAGGUACAUAGUGAGAUUGACGAAGCAUUCAAACUACAUGGCUCAAUGAAUUAUGACGCAAUAACAAGUUUUAAAGUACUGGAUAUGGUAGUUAAUGAAUCGAUGAGAAUUCACACACCAGUGGGCUAUGUGACGAGAAAAUGCGUGAAGGAUACCGUUCUUCCCAUUGGUAAUAUUAAAGUGGAUAAGGGGACUAAGAUUUUCAUACCUAUAUUUGAGCUGCACCACGAUGCUAGAUAUUAUCCCGACCCAGAAGUUUUUGAUCCAGAAAGGUUCUCUCCUGACAAUAAACACAAUAUAGCUGAUAUAACCUACUUGCCAUUUGGGAGGGGCAAUAGAGUAUGUCUUGGAGCGAGAUAUGGUAUACUGCAAUUGAAAGCCGGUUUAGUACAUUUACUGAGAAAUUUCACAGUAAAGACAAUUGUGAUGGAGGAAGGUAUGAAGUACAGUCGACAGCAAUUUCAAGUAAGGCUGAGUAAUUUUGAUCUAGAAUUUAUACCAAGGAGUAAUGCUUGACUUUAGGAAGAAAACUAUUAAAAACAUGGUGUAUAACUUUAUUUACAAAAGUACAAAUAAAUAUGAUAUAUGUGACUGACUUCAAGCUAACAUUGAAUUAUUACUGUUGUAAUAAAAAUAUUGUACAUAUUAAAUGUAUAAAUUACAAUGUAAAAUUUAUAUAAUUGAUAAUUUGUAUUUGUAUGAAAAUAAUUAUUAACUACAUCUAAGACUUAACAAUUACUAAUUUUAUUGAAUUUGAGUUGUGUCGAUAACAUUUAAAUCGAUAUUAUAAUAAAUUGUAAGAAUAAUAUAAUAUCUAAAUAUUGUGCAAAUAAAAAAUAACAUAUCUUUUUGUCAAAAUCAGUGCUAAAUAUACGUAAUAUAAUCGAUGUAUAUAUUUCGCACCGAUUUCGAAUAAGUUAAAAAAUGCACAACAUUUUGUAAAAUUGUCUGAAGUGAAAAAAAA